CUCACCAACAGGUUUCGCAAUGACUGACGUUGAGAUGGCCGAUUCCACCGUGGCUGCGUCCACUACCAAGGGCGAGAGACUCCCCAUCACCGUCUCCAAGCCAACCCCCUACACAUUUGACCUCGGCCACCUCCUAGCAGACGACCCCAACCCACUCGAACUCCCCGCCGACCAAAGCCUAAACGCAAGCCUGAAAGCCACAGCUCGCGACGGCGUCCAGAGCUUGCUAAACCAACUCUUGACAACAUGCCCAAUCACCUCAUCCGUGAAAGACGGUGUGCUCCUGACCCUCCCAGCACCAAACAUCAUGCUGCCCCGGCACAAGCCCCUGCCAACACCCAAAGCCCCCACGAAAUGGGAGCUGUUCGCGCGCAAGAAGGGCAUCGGAAAAUACAACCAGAAGCCCGGCGCAGCAGGCAUGGACAAGGAGCGCCGCCGGAAGCUGCAGUAUGACGAGGCGAGCGGCGAGUGGGUGCCCCGCUGGGGAUAUAAGGGCAAGAACAAGGACGACGAGAACCAGUGGCUUGUUGAGGUUGAUGAGAAGAAGUGGAAGAAGGAAGAGGAUGCUGCUGCGCAGGGUGGUUCUAUUCGUGGUAUGUCGCGUACUGAGCGGAAGGAGAGGAUUAAGCGUAAUGAGCGUAAGAUGCGAUCUAAUGAGAAGAGGUCGAACAAGGGUGGUAAAUAAGUAGGGAGUGUUUGAAACCUCUUUCUUUUUACUUGUGUUGCAUUGCAUUACUUUGCUAGCUCCCUUGUGGGCUCUGCCCUGCUCUGCUCUUGUUCUACUCUGGAUCUGAUCUCUGGCGUUGGGGUUGGGAGUCGAUGUUUUAUUUCUUUUCUCAUGUAUUGUGGACAUAUACCGUGAUUCAUCAAAAGCACUUUCAACAUUGCAUCUGUCAAUAUUUGCCAUUACCCACUUUCCCAUUCCCCAUUACCGUUUUCUCUUCUACGUGGUUGUGGAGAUGUGUUGUACGUUGAAAAGAUCUUCGAUGAUCGAACCGAAAAGUGCCUGCCUGCCCACUUCCGCUAUAGUACAAAGUCCCUGUCACGAGAACGCCAAAUAAACAGUAAAUAAAAAAUAGAGAAAAGCAAUAAAGAAAGACAGACCAUUGCAAACCAGAUCAACAGACAAGACACGAAACAAGUAGGCGAAGAUAGAAAGUGUCAACCGCAGAGGGGAAUCUGUAGAUGUCGCAACAUCAAAGCACAAGCACAAGGGAAUUAUUGCACUUCCAAAGAGAUGAAGAGGAGAACAAAAAGAUGGGAGUCGAACAGA